AUGAUGAAUAACGCCGGUGAGCAGCUGCGCAUGGUCGACUCGACACUGAAGCACACGACUCCGCGCAACUGCCUGUGGUACAGCCUUGUCUGCGAGGGAGACGGCUUCUGUGUGCUGCAGCGACCCUAUGUCGCCUUCACGCUCCGUGAGCGUCUUGCGGCGCACCCUGUGUGGGCGGCGCAGGAGAAGCUCUUUAUGGUCUAUCAGCUGCUAGAGGCGGUGGCGCACCUGCACGAGACCUACGGCCUCACGCACGGCGACAUCAAGCCAAACAACGUGCUCGUGCAGAGCACCGGCGUCCUGCUGCUGUGUGACAUGGCCCUUUUCAAGCCUUGCCAAAUGCCGCUGGACAGCCCGCUGCUGUUCGACUACUACUACGACACGGACGAGAACAGGGCGUGCUACGUGGCUCCCGAGAAGUUCAGCGACCAGUCGCUGCCCACGCCACCGCCGGAGAGCAAGACGCGGGGCAGUGCAACCUACAAUGUGAGCAACGUCAACUUCGAUGGCCACACGGCCUCCAUGGAUGUCUUCUCCACGGCAUGCGUUGUGCUGUUCCUUUACAAGGAGGAAGAUCCGCUGACGCUGUCGCAGGUGCUGAGCCUGCGCCACCUCGCCAACAGCGAGGAACGCGAAGCGUUUGUGGCACCCGUUCUGCGCGACGCCAAUGUGCCCGCUGCGCUGCAUCCACUGCUGCUGCCAAUGCUGUGCGCCACGGCAGAGGAACGACCGUCCGCGCGCGAGCUGGUGAACCGCGGGCUGCAAGAGUGCAUCUUCCCUGCCUCUUUCCCUUACCUUUACGAGUCCGUGCUGCCUCGCCUCCUCACCACAGCUCCAGACCCGCGGCUGGUACUUCUCCACAACCAGCUGGAGGCGGUGCUGCAGAGAUGCGAGGAGCUAGACACGACACCAGAAGGUGGCGGUAGCCCGUCGUCGACGGCUGAGAUUGAGGCAGCGGCGUCCGCUGAAGCGGUGGGCGCCAAUGCGGCCGGCUUGGCGGCGGUUGUGUCCCCAUCUCGACAGGUGGCUGUGUCUCUCCUUCUACCCCUUCUUCUUCAAACCUUGCACAGCAGCUGCACGAGCGACGAGGCGGCUUACCGCGGCUUGCUCUGCCUGCGUCGAUGCGCGUCGUACUGCAGCUUCACCUGCCUAGUGGACGCAGUGUUGCCACACGUGCUCUUCUACGUGAACAACGAUGCCCACGUCUACGGACCGUCAACGCGCCUCAUGGCACUUCGGCUGCUCAGCUCCAUCUCGGAGGUCAUCGCGCAUCACCUCACGCUUAGGUCGCCGCAGCGUGUGAGCGGCACCAUGACGACUUCACGCGAUACGGCGGCUGCGAAGCCCGGCGACACGGGAGAGGGCUCUUCUGUACCAGAGGAGCAGUGGGUGCUCAUGGAGCAUCUUGUGCUGCCGUGCCUGUACGGCAUCCUGCGGCAGGCGGAACAGGAGCCCACGGCGGUGCUGGUGGAGGUAGCCAGUCGGCUGCCACGGCUGCUGCUCUUGGCACGCUACAUCACGGAGCGGCGGCAACUCUUAUACGGGGCCGAUGCGGUGAUAACGAAGUCAACUACGGUUGAGAGUCGGUCUGGCACACACGGGCGCCGUGCCCGGCAACCGGGAGAGGCUGCGCACGAGCAGCAGAGCCACUACGACCCACUGCAUGCGCCACCGCACCACCAGGCGAGCCAGCAUCUCUGUUUGAGCAAGGGAGGUGAGGAGGACAGGGCGAAGGUGGUGGCAGCGUCAGCAACGCUAAGUCCGACGUCGAUGUCACCAAGGCCGCUGCCGCCGCCCCCCAGCAGCAGUGACGCGCUGUGCUCCAGCCCCACCGAGGCUGUCAUCCUGAGUGAGCAGAGCGUCAGCGGCGGCACGCGGGCGAGGCCGGCUCCGGCGGAGCGCCACACUGAGGCUGGCAAUUCGGCGAACGAGAUGAGCGAUGCAGAUGGAGAGAAUGCUGGCGACGUGCACGGUGCCAGCGCUGCUGGCACGCAGCAGUACCUCGCGCAGCUCCACUGUCUCCUGACGAACGGCUGGAGCAUGUUGCAGAUACUGUACAACCACCCAUGUCUCGCUGUUGUCGUGGAGGUCAUGCAGCAGUCUUCCAGCACCGUCGCCGCCUUUCUGGGUGAGGAGCGGGUGACAGAGGACCUGAUACCUCUCCUCACCACGGCCCUGGCUGCGCCGCUGCGGGUGCAGAGGCUGCUCUAUUCACAAGCCAUCCUGCUGCACGCCCUGCUCCAGCGUCCGCCAACAAAGACGCUUCGGCUGUUUGUGGAUGAAGGCCUGCGGCACGCGGACGACGUGUGCCUCAACAGAACCCUGCACAGCCUCGCAGUUGUGGUGCGCAGCCGCAGACUGCCGCUGGAGGAGACGAUGGCACUUGUCCACCAGACGCUGCCGAUGCUGGUGGAGAGCCGUCUGUGGCUGCGCGAGGCGGCGUGCGGGGUUGUUGAGGCGGCAGCACAGACCUACUCGGCGAGCGACAUUGCACUGCAUCUCGAGUACGCUGUUCGGCCGCUGCUGAUGCUUCCGGUGCCUCUGGCGCACCUGCGCCGCUACGCCGCCACGGCCAUCCGGGCUGAGCUAGCCAUGCCGUUCAUGUCCCUAGGGGGCACGGCGGGGCCAAGAUCGUGCAGCUACGUCAGCAGCGCGCCAUUGAGGGACAGAGCGUCCGUCACCGGCUCAGCAUACUUGCUAGACGAGGAUAUCUUCGGGGAUGAUGAGCCGAUAAAUCAGGUGCCGGACCGUGGCACUGGCGGCGGUGAUGGGCGACGGGAUCGCCCAGGGCAGGGGCGGGGCUUCGAGGACGAAGGAGGCAACAGAGGCACCUUCAAAGAUGUUUUGCCGGAGGUUGUGGCGGUGACGCACUCUUACGCUUCUGGGCCGGCACCGGCGCUCUUGCACGGGCUCCCGUUGACUGAGGCCUCGUCGUCAUCUGCGCCCGGAUCGAGGACGUCUCAUGAGGCGAGCGUCGCGGAGCCUGCAGCGACCGCCCAGCACAGCCGCAGCGCCACCGACACGUGCAUUGUCGCCGAUGAUGGCGGUGACUCGGAAGGCAUGGCACUUGUCUACCGGCCCACCGCGCGAGAGGUUGCGCGGAUGCAGCUCGAAAGUCGCUCUGUGUCGCUGACCCUGCCAGCUUCUUCUGCGCCGCUGUCGCCGCCUCUGUCGAGUCUGACCUCCUCCCAUGUGGUCGCCUCAUCCACGGCAGCGAGCAGUGGCGCUGUCGCCGCGGCGGCGUUGCCGGUACAGGAGUGCCAGCUCCCGACUCCGCCGCACAGCAGGGACGUAUCGCCGCUGCCCGCCACACUGCCGCCGCCCUCGGGCGUGAGUCGGUGCGGCCCUCAAGGCGGUGUUGGGCGCGUCUUGUACGGCCGAGUGACACCACCCUCCCUGGCCUCACCAGCGGCGGCGGCUGGCGCCGCGGUGACGUCAUCCUCCUCAGCACCUUGCUCGGCGUUGCGCCCCACUGCCGCUGCACUUAGCUCCGUCAGCGCUCACAUGGGGGCCAUCUACGCAGCAGCGCCUUCGCCGUCAGCCAACGGGAUCGUUAUAUCGGCUGGGGCACGAGGUGAAGCUUUUGUGUGGCAGGUCGCCGCGUCGCACACGAGCACGGCUCACGCGCGCGAGCUGUGCUUGGUGGAGCGAGUCGCGGCGGCGGCGUCUGGUGCAGGGGUGCACACCUACACGGCGUGCCAGUGGAUCAGUGCGCUAGGUCAGCGGCGAGACUUCGCGCUCGUCUCCGCGCCCGCCUCGGCUUCCGGCUCCUUGGUGGCCUUUGCGAGCACCGAUGGCGCGGUGAGAGUGCUGGACGUGGAGAAGAAUGCGUGGGUGUCAUCCAUCGUUGUCGGUGGCACUCUGGAGGGCGGGCUGACGGGGCUGGCAUUGCAGGAUCGAGCAUCACUGCUUGUGACGACGGCGGCCGGCGGCCUUCACGUUGUGGACACGCGGUGCCGAGGCAGGGACCGUGCAGACGACGAGGAGCCAGCCGUGGGUUCGACAUCCUCAGUGUGGCACACCCGACUCAAUCCACUCGACGGCCCACCGAGCUGCAUGUGCCCGCUCUACACGGGCGACAUGGCGUGCGCCGCAGCCGUCGGCACCUACGGCGGCACCGUGUGCCUAUACGACUUGCGUUAUCAGCUUUGCGCGCAGCGGGUUGCCGUUGUUGAUGACGAGGCAGGGCUACCGUCCGCGUCGGCUCUUGCUUCCAGGCGGGUGUCCAUCACGACGGCGUGCGUGGAUCCCUUGUCUGCGCUAUGUCAGAGCUGCCGUCCAUCGUCGUGGGAGCCGGAGCUUGCGGCGGGGCCGAGUUUGCUUCUCGGCACUACCGGGGGCACGGUGUACCGCCUCCUCCUCCAGAGCGCCAGCUACUGGCCUGCGUUUCAGUGCUAUCGCAACGGUAGCGGUGCCAUACGCACGAUGCUGACGCAGCCGACACACGGCUGCGUCUUCACCGGCAGCGAGGACGGGUAUAUUCGGAGCUGGUCGACCGACCGCCCAGAGACGUCACACACUCUGGUGUGCGCGCCGUACCGAUCCCCGCCAUACACCGUGGUGCGCACCAGUGCCGCGGAGCGGGCGCUUACAGCGAAUGCUGUGCGUGGCGACACAGUUGCCCCACCGAGCAGGAACGGCGGCAAGAGUCUUGCUUCCCUCACCGUGCGCGAAGGCGGCGACAUCCACCACGGCGGCUGCGCUCUUCCGCGACACGCCCCGGACGCGAUCCUCGCCUUGUGUGCUGUGCGCACGACCACCACAUCCUCUGCGUCUUGGGGCCUCAGCAACAGUGGCAGCGGUGGAGGAGGGGAGCCAUGCUAUCUGCUCUCCGGAUCCCGCGACGGCACGCUGACGCUGUGGGACAACGACCCUGGAAGUCUUUGA